CUGAUGUAAUAUGUUAAAAAAAGUCAACACUUUCCAUGGGGUGUACUUACUUUUUCACAUGACUGUAUAAUGCUUCUUUCACAUCUUUCUACUAUAUAUCUCCAUCUACUGAGACAGACAUAGAUAUAUACAGGGUGGUCCUGCCUCCACUGAGACGACUCUCGUCUCGUCUGCUACCGGAUAGGCGUCUGCCGUCAUGUCUGAAACGGGCACAGAGAUGUAUCGACGCACAAGGAGUUCACUUUCACCAUCUUCUGGAAACGGCCUCGACCGGAGUCGAUCCUUGAGCCUGCCAAGAAGACUGCCAUCUUCCGACUUCCAGAGCAUCUCCCCAUGUACCACUCCUGUCUUCCAGCCUACCGAUGGCCUUUUCCAGAAGCAAAGGUCGUUCAUAGAUCAUGGUGGGAAAGCACCGACUCCAUGGCAGGCUGCCGCAAGAAGUCCGCUGGGUCUGGUUGACGAGGCCUUUAAUUACCAAAAUGUUCAAGAGUAUGUCGCGGCCAGCGUUAUUUCAGCAGCUCAGAGGAAAACGCUACCGGAACCACCGAUGGAGUGGAAAGAGAAGGUUUCCUACAAGCCACGCUCCAAAGGGAUCCAGCAGUACCAACAGCAUCCCCUCUCCUUAAAAGCCACCCUUUCUGCUCCACCAUCAUCCGCUUCGUAUGGUCCUCCAAUCAAAUAUGUCUUUCAAUCGCAGCGAUCGAAAACAGAUUCUGAUAUUCAGUACAGGGCUUCAGGUUCCGACUGUGGGGUCUAUGGAAAAGCUAGGAGUGACACGAAUUACAAUGUGUACCCCAGGGUCUGGAGACAAUAAAUGAAUAAUGAGAAAAAAAAAACUUCACCUAAAACACGGGCACCCCACUUAUUAGGAUUGAGUGAUUCUAAUAUUUCUUUAGUCGAUAUUCACAGUAACACAAAAAUCGAUUGGAGGUUUGAUUCUCAACUUUACAAGUGAACUAACGUUUAGUGUGACUCUUGAAAUGAAAGAGAAGAAGAAGGAGGCGACAUUGUGAAAGUGGAACGUUUGGGACAUGUAAAACGGACAGACUAAAUGACGCUAAUGUUUAAUAAGCUGUCUACAAGGAAAGGUCGCAAUAGGAAUGAGAGGUGGCUUGCUUAGUGAGAUCGGAGACAUUUGGCGUAGUAGGCAGGAUCUGAUAAAAAGAAGAGAGUUGGUACUGUAAGUCUGGGUCACUAUGUAACAGUUUUUGGUUGAUGAUAUUUGCAGUGCAUGCCGCUGGCUGAUCCAAGCACUGCACUAUAGAAUCAUAACAGAAAUCUGGCAAAAUAUGCAGAGUCUGAAGUUUUAUGCAAUAUAAAUGAUGAGAUAUCAGGUAAUGAACUGAACAGUAAACAAUAUAUUUAUGAUUUGUCACGUUUUAGUUGUGUAGGCUACUCAACAGGAUUAUUUUUGGAAUACACGUAUAUAAAAAAAAGAAAUACACAGCUUUUAGAUUUGUGUUCUUCCACAGGUGAAAAAAACUGACAGGCCACAAGGGCAGCAGCGAUAUUACACCAUAUGAAGUAAGAAACUAGCAGACACCAAAACCAGGGAGCAAACAAUCAAACCGACUCUUCUGCUUUGGUUUGCGGAAAAGCAGAUUUGAUUUGGAAGGGACCAGAAGCAAAAUAAUGGGUGGGCUUCCCAGCUGUUCGAACUGACAUAAUAUUUUAGUGAGAACUACGUAGGAGGGCGAGAUCCAAACACACAAUCAACAAGCCAAAAAGAGAGAUGAAAAUCCAAGUCAAAAGUUCUCAUGCACAACCAAAUGAAUCAAACAAUCGAAGUUUUAAGUAGAAGGAUGUUUAGCACAAACUGGAUUGGACUUUCAGACAAUCUUUUAACUCGUCAUGCCGGUCACCCACAGGUCACGACCUCUGACAGAGCAGGACACUCCCCUGCCAAUGGUUGUCCACGAUGACGGCAAUCGUUGAAAUACAAAAUGUCGCCCAAAGCGAACCACAAAAUUAUACAAUUAAAAAUGUAGAUUGUUAAAUGAAAAAUGAGCAUCAAAACGGUAAUGAAUUCAAUGAGACUAAAAACCCCCAAAACAAGUGGCAAAUCAAUCACAACGAUUGAAAUAAACACAAAGAAAAUAUGAAUUGAUUCCAAACCAGUGAAAUGAGUGGGAGAACAGACGAGUGAAAAGAAAAACGGGUCAAAACUGGAGCAAUCAAAACAUCGUCGAAGCCAAGGCUGUUACAUUUGGGUUGUGUUAGUCAUUUUUUUAUUUAAUAUUCUUUAUCGUGUGGUGUGGUCUUAUACUUGUUUGGGGGGUUUUCUGAGUCAUAGAAUUCAUUUCUGGGUUUAUUUUUCAAUUCUCGAUUUCGAGGUUCCCAAACUCGGUCCUGGGGUCCCCCAUGUGGCUGAAACCAGCCUCACAACCAGUGACAGUAAUUGAUCUCAUUUAUACAUCAGCUGGUCUUUUCUUUUCUCUUCUUUAAUUCUGCAUUCAGGAAAGCGCAGCAGUAAAGUUUUUACAUUUACAAGACAUUUAGAAAAGAAUUUCCCUAUUAUUUCUAAAGUUUAAAUGCGUAGCUCUCUUUUGUUGUUUUCCUAUCAUUUACUCCUUUUCCUAUGUAGUUUGCUCCCUUCAUUUAACCCUCAUAGUGA